CUGCGCUCCAUUGGUCGAGCCUGAGGCAGCAUGGCGGCGCCCACGUAACCCCGUCCGUGCCGCGAAAGGGACAGUGGCCGUGGCGCCGGCCCCGCGGGGUCACAAGUCACGAUGCUGAGGACGGCGUGGAGGGCGCUGAGGUCGCUUCGGACCCAGGCUGUGGCCCAGGCCCCAGUCCUUGGGCUGCCAGACGGAGCGUGUGCCAGGCCGCCCUCCCGCCGGUGGGCCCUUCCCUGUACUCGAGGUGUCAUCCUCCAGGCCGUUCGCGGAUAUGCCGCCCGGAAACCAGUCCAGCCCCUCCAAGAAGAUGACCCACCCCCUUCCACGCUGCUCAAAGACUACCAGAACAUUCCUGGAAUUGAGAAGUUUGACGACGUCGUGAGAAGACUCUUGUCUUUAGAAAUGGCAAACCAGAAGGAGAAGCUAAAAAUCAAGCAACAGCAGCUGAUGAACAAGAUCGUGGCAAACCCUGAGGACACCAGUUCCCUGGAGGCUCGAAUUGUUGCCCUGACUGUCAAGAUCCGCAGUUAUGAAGAGCACAUGCAGAAACACCGAAAGGACAAAGCCCACAAGCGCUAUCUGCUGAUGAGCAUCGACCAGAGGAAAAAGAUGCUCAAAACCCUCCGUAAGACCAACUACAGUGUCUUCGAGAAGACGUGCAAGGAACUGGGGAUAGAGUACACCCUCCCCCCUCUGUACAACCGGAAACCCCACCGACGCUUGGCAGCCAAGAAGGCCCUGUGCAUUCGGGUCUUCCAAGAGGCCCAAAAGCUCAAGAAGCAGAAAAGGGCCUUAAAAGCUAAAGCAGCAGCAGCCCAGAAACAAGGCCAGAAGAACCCAGAGAGUCCUUCCAAAGCUGAACCAGAGCCAAUCAAAGAAAACCAAUAAACUUUAUUAGAGUUA